AUGGGCUGCGGCCAGUCAAGCUUCGUGCCACCGGUCGCCUCAAGGGCGGCAUGGCAAAGCUUUUUUCGCCUGGACGGGUUGCCGCUCAGUUUGACUGUUGAGCCACUCGCGAAUCAGAAGGGCUUGCACUUGCGGAUUGUGGGCCUCGACUGCGCCGAAGAGUUGCCUUUGUUGGAGACGGCAUUGGCGAGGCGAGAGCUCUUCAUCAAAUCUGCCACACUAGUGAAGAUCGGGUGCCACGUGGACCAAAGCUUCGAGCUCAUGCCGUUGGCAAGCCAGCUCAAGAAGCAGAAGCAGAAUGAGGACCUCGAGGUCAGCCAGGUGUCUGCCGUGGAGGUCCUGGACUCGGUGCCACAAGCCGCUGCCGCUUUGCCCGCGGACGUGGCGCAGGUGCUGCGGAUCUCGGUCGAUUGCCCUGCGCGGGGCGGGGAGCGUGCUGCGGUCAUGGCCAUGAUGCGAAAGCUGAGCUACAAACUCAUCGCGGGCCACAGACUCCGCCAACGGCAUCUGCGACGCCUUUUACAUCACCCCGGAUUCGGAGCUGAAGGGCUCGGCGAAAGCAGAGGACCUGCUGGCGGCCGAGUUUAG